AUGCCUCACGCAACCGAGACCCUCACCAACGGCGACAAGCCGUCCAGCCAAUUCAUCAACCACCUCACCUCCUACCCGGCCGUCAACGACAGCAUCGAGACCUUCAAGCAGAACCCUUACGGAAAGAAGUCCCUCGAGCUCGCAGACGGCGUCUACUCCCGCUUCGGCAAGCCCGUUCAGCCUUACCUCGAGACCCCAUACAGCUAUGCCAAGCCAUACGUCCAGAAGGCCGACGAGUUGGCUGACCGCGGCUUGAACGGCGUUGAGAGCCACUUCCCCAUCGUCAAGGAGGACACCCACGCCAUCAUCGACACUGCCAAGGGCUACGUCUACUGGCCAUUCGAGUACCUCACCCACACGUGGCAUGGUAAGUCAAUUGCACCCCCUUCACUCGCUCCAUCCCCUCCUGACACCUGCUAUCACAGACGAAUACACCAAGACUGCCCGCCACAACAAUCGCGGCCCCGGCGUCACCACCUCCGUCCUCGCCCUCCUUUCCACCGAGCUCAAGAUCGCCUCCGACUUCUUUCAAUCCGUCGCCGACUUUCUCGGCCCAAAGUACGAAGAAUCCAAGAAGAAAGGCGCCGACUAUGUCCGCGAGGUAGAAGGCAAGGCCCAACAAUACAAGGAAAUCGGCCAGGAUAAGAUCAACGAGUACACGAAGCAGGGACAACAGAAGGCCGAUGAGUACACCAAGGAAGGACAGAAGAAGGCCGACGAGUUGAAGAAGCAGGGCGAGGAGACCAAGGAGCAGGCUAAGGCUCAGGCUCAAGGCGCCAAGGAAGAGGCGCAGAAGAAGGCUCAAAAGUAG